AUGACAGACGGUUCCCUCGCUGUCUCGUCGCUGGAACUUGCAAAUGAAUCCGCUACACUCACCCCAACCCCAGCUACUGAGUUCAGAAGAGAGCUAGAUGGUGUUUCUUGUCGCGAACCAACUGCGAAUUCCGUUAUAUUCGACAAUGCGGUAGUUCCGGAUCCUAGCCUUUCAAGUGGGUUUGAUUUCAUGAGUUCAGCCUCCGGAAAUGUCAAUGAUGAUCUCCUAGGAGAUGCAAACACAACUUCCGAUUCAGGAAAUUGGUUUUUAGAAGAUGGGUUUGACGUUGGUGCACUCGAUCUCACGAUAAAUUCUUCUAUAUUUGAAUGGGCCCAGCUUCCAAAUAUUUCAAAUGCUUCGAAUAUACCACCGUGGCAGCAAGGAAAUAUCACUCACCCUCAAAGUUCUGCACCUCUAGAUGACCCAGCAAAGCCCACCGCGGACCUUGUGAAGGAGAAAUGGUUUACGUAUAUGAAGCAACGGAGUGGCUGGGGAGAUCUGGCACAACCAUCAGCCCUUCCGGGACAAACCAGUGCAAAUGAUAUUUACCGGGCAGGGCUGACACAGAAGCUUCGUUCUUGCAUGGAAGACGAGGCUCUGCCAACAUCUGAUCAACUCAAUCUCUUUGCAAAAUUAUAUUUCCAACGGUUCCAUCCUUUACUACCAGUGAUUCACGCUGCCUCAUUCAAACCAAAAGCAGAGAACUCAUUGUUAUUCUUGUCAAUAUGCUCCAUUGGUAGCCUGUUCGUUGGCUCAAAGCGCGCAGUCAUGCAAGGCUCUCGAAUAUUUGAACGGCUUAACAAGGCCAUUCUAGCUUCUUGGGAAUCUUUCUUGUCUCAAAGCCGCCCAGAUGCCUUGUCCAUGGUUCAAGCAGCUAUAUUGGGGCAGACAUAUGCCCUCCUGGCGGGAAACCCAAAACAUCUGGUACUGGCAGAUGUGCUUCACGGUACCGUGGCUGCAUGGUCCCGCGAGGCCAACAAAAUUAGCUAUCUUUGUCAAAAGUCUCAAGGUCACGUAGAUGACACCGAUAUUGAUUCAAAAUGGCUGCAGUGGAUUGAAACCGAACAACGAGCAAGAGUGCAGAUGGCUUUGAAUAUCCACGAUGCAGAGCUUGGAUCUCUAUUACACCACCAGCCUAUUCAUAGCCAUCGAUUUCGCCAGUACCCACGUUUAGCCCUCGAUGUUCUCUUUGAUGCGCCGACAGCCUCCAAAUGGGCUACACUUUACUACCAGACAUCUCAAGCACAGAUUGAUCCAGUUAACGCCAGGGUCUUCAGUCGCAUUCCGAACUCCUUACCGGAAACAGGCCAGUCAUCUUGGUUUACAGCAUAUGGCGCCCUCGAAAGUAUCAAUGCUCGCCUUGUUGACCUCAAAGAAUCCCACGAAUUCGACUAUAUGAACUGCCAAGAUAUCUCCAACCUUUUAAUAGAAUGGUGGAACACAUAUCAUCCACUGAACCAAGAGCCCUUUUGUCUACGAGUUCUUUGGCAGUCGAUUUUCAUUUAUCUCUACGCUGAUGUAGACCUCCUCGAGCGCGCCAUCGGCCGAGACGGCGACAUCUCUAGCUGCGAAGCGACAGCUCAAGUCCGCGAAUGGGCCUCUACGCCCAAUGCUAGUCUCUGCCUUAUACACGCUUCUCUCAUCGCACGUCAUAUAGAACAGAUGAAUAUCUCUGUCGAGCCAGCCAUCCAUGUUCCUCGUGCUCUUUUCUCAGCUACUUUGACAUAUAUAUGUGUGGCACGGUAUGCGCCCAAACAUAUCAUUCGCCCUGACGCUUUCCUAUCGCCGGAGAUGAAAAUGUUGGGGAAUGAAGCUUGCAUGUGGCAGGGGCUGCGUGAGGCGGGAUAUUCCUUGAGCGGCGAAGGAUCUAUGGUUGUGGAAUUUGAUGACAUGUAUAGAUUGAUCAAUUUGUUGCAGCGUUGUGGGAAAUGGGGCAUCUCACAGGCUUUUGCGACUGUUUUGUCUAUAGCGUUGGAAGAAAGGAAAGACAAUAUAUAG